AUGACAGCAGCCGACGGUGCGGGCGAUCGCCCGCAACACCCCACCGUAAUUGCCAUGCUUGGCGGCCCCGGGUCCGGCAAAGGAACGCAGUGCACCAUGCUGGCGCAGACAUUCGGCAUUGAGCACGUCAGCAUCGGCGACCUGCUGCGCCUCGAGCGGAACAGCCCAGGGAGCAAGUACGGCCAAACCAUUCGCGACAACAUUGCAGCAGGACGGCUGGGCGCCAAGGAAAUGACGGUGGACAUUUUGGGCGACCAUAUGAAGAGGAGCACCGCGCAGGGGACCCGCGCGUUUCUGAUCGACGGGUUCCCACGCGACAAGGAGCGAUGCGAGUACUUUGAGCAAGUGAUGGGUCCGAUCUCGUUCCUCGUUGUUCUUGAAUGCCCCGACGACGUCAUGAUGGAACGGCUGACGGGCUCCGAUCGGGGCCGGACCGACGACAACCCGGAAAACAUCAAGAGGCGCAUAGAAAUGUUCAAGAAGACCACCCACGGUGUCGUCGACAUCUUUAAAGAUCGAGGCCGAGUUCGCUUCGUCAACUCCAACCAGGAUGUUGACAGCGUCAGGCUUGAGAUUGAGGCCAUUCUGGAGGGUCUUGUCGAGAGACGGUCGCCGUUCUAG